UAUACGAACACGAAGCGAAUUCUGUUGAUACUAUUGCUCGCAUCUUAACCAUCGUGUUCACCAGUUCUUGGAGGCUCGUGGGUGUUACAUUAAUUGCUACAUUCCGUAAGCUUUGGAGAUGUCCUGAGGUGUAGCUGUUUUGUUUGAAUUUUACCAUGUGUUUGUGCACCAUGCCGCCUUAAUAAUUGCAACAUCACGAUUUACGGAUGGAGCAUAUCAUUGGCUGCUGAACCCAGUGCGAUGGUUGUCUGCAGGAACUCGAGAUAAGGUACUCUUGAUCAAGUUGUGAUGUGGGAAUUAUAACUGUUGUGGCGAUAGAGUUCAAGAUUUUAGGAUGGUCAAACACGAAAUGAAAGAAAUGUUGUAAACUCUUAACUCUCUUCUGGAAGAACUAGCAAAACAGAUGAGGAGCGUGAUGAAUCUGCGGUGGGUGCCGGCGAUGAUCGCAAUCUGCGCGAUCGUCCAUCAUGUCGGCGCGGUCUAUGAGACGGAGUGUGCGGCCACGCUGCAGAUGGGCCAGUACCUGUGUCUGGACCUCAAUAUCGACCCCAAGACACAGCAGCCAGCCGGAUGUACGCCGGAGGGAAAGGCACUGGUUAACUGCACCGUUGCGAAUGGAAUCAUCUGUAAGGAGUCUGGAAACAAUACCUUCGAGAAACACAUACCGUGCAAGUACACGAACGGCUAUUCGUUCGAGACAUCACUGCUGCUCUCCGUGUUCCUCGGCAUGUUGGGCGCCGACCGCUUCUACCUCGGCUACCCGGGCCUGGGCCUCUUCAAGUUCUGCACGCUCGGCUUCAUGUUCGUCGGCCAGCUGGUCGACAUCAUCCUGAUCGCCACCCAGGUGGUGAAGCCGGCGGACGGCUCCGACUAUGUCAUCAGCUACUACGGCGCGGGCCUCGACAUCCGCAGCAUGGAUAACAUGACGUACCGGGUGACGCAGCCGGACUGGUAGGCCGCGGACCGGCCCGGGCCGCGCCCGUCCGGCCGGGAGCCACGCCAGGAGGACACGACCGCGGUUGCAGCGCGUGCUGGCACGUGCUUCGCCGACGCUUAGGCUGUGAUACGUGCGCUGGGAUGGGAAGUGAGCGCGUCUGUGUGUGUGUGUGGAUACACACGGACUUGUUCUUUCUGUUUGGGUUUGUGUGAGCCAGCCGGCGCUACCUGUGUGUGUGUGUGUGUGUGAUCGUAUCAUGAAGACCAGCAGUGGUUGCCUGAUCUUGCGACAGGAAGGCAGUUGGUUAUCCGCAUUGUCAUGGUGGUGCACCAGAAAGGACCCGUGAGGGCAUGGUUUGGCACGUUUUUGGUGUGGCUGAAGUCGACAGCCGUUUUACUUUGGAUGCAGCUUGCCGUAGAACGUUCGAGAUAUCUCUCUUCAUUUGAUAUACACUUCUCCUUUCACAGAACUAGUUCUGAUGCAUGCCGAAACGGUCAUAACAUAUUGUGCUUCAAAUUGAUGCGGCGUCGAAGCGUGAUGGGAUUUUGUUUGCGCUCCAAUUUUAAUCAAAUGCGUUUUUUGCGGAUCUUGCCCGAUUUGACGGCUUUACAACAGUUUAGCACAAUACUCUAUAUGGGGGAAACUACUGUAGCAGUCUUGUGUACCCUGGAAUGCAAGUCAGUGUGAUGGCUUGUCCUUGGCAUGACAGUGAACAUUCCUGUGUGUACAUCGGUGCUUUGGUCGUCCGAGCGUAGUGAUAUGCCUAUAGGAUUUAUUACCUCGGAAAGGAAGGGUGCUACUUUGGGUAGUGCCGAACACUAUGUGCGAAUUACAAUGAGGAUUGUCCA